AGCCUGCAAGGUUGGUGAGGACCCCAUGUUGGCAGCUACCAGCUCACAGUGGUGAGCGACCACCCCCAGGAACCUCCCCCACUUUCAGUCUGGGAGCUCAGUCUCUAAUGGUGGGAGAAUGUGGUCUCUGGAUGUCCCUGGAAACCGAGGCUCCAGGCCCCACAGUAGCCUUGCCUCAGAUCUGGUUACCAGGAUACUGAGGGGAAGGCAUUUCCUGCCUGGAUGUCUUGGCAGCUCCCACUACCAUGGAGACCAGCUCGGAAGCUGGGAGGGCCUGUCUCCUCCUGCUACUCUGACCCAGCCAGCAGGAGGAAGAGGAGGCCAAGUAAGGACUUCAGCCCGGGCCCUCCCACCUAUCACCUACUCGUCACCCACUAAUACACACACACACACACACACACACACAUAACUCCCUGCAGGGCUCCAACUCUGAGUAGAUCUCAGCCCCAGUUCCUUCCUUAGUCAGACAUUGGGGUACCAAAGCCCCCACAUCUGUUUUCUCUCUCUUGCAGCCAUGUUUAUCACGGUGAUGUUUGGAGCUGGCUGCUGGGAGCUGGUGAACCCCUGGUGCAGCCUGGUGACUCUCACUGCCCACCUAAGGCAGAGGGGGCAGGUGCUUCCAGAUGCAACCGUGGCCCUCCUGGGUAAGGAUGGGCACCUGGUGAUCCUGAGCAAAGACUUGGAGGAGGGGGCUUCCCAGGAACCCUCCACAGGCAGCACCCUGCUGCAGGAGCGUGGGACCUAUGUUCUCGUGCAGAUCAUUAAUGGGGAGGAUGGGGCCCCCACUCGCUAUGAGUCCCUACUGGAAAACCUGGAAGAUUGGUGCCCAGAGCUGGCAGGUGAGUAUCAUGGUAGAGCCCUGGGGUGGGGAGGAAGCAUCUUCUCCCCAGCCCCGACAGGCAGGGCUUCCUGGGUCUUCCAGAGGAGCUAUGCUGGCUGUCGGGCGUUCCCCCAACGGGCAACCGACGGAGGAGACGUACCGGCACUCGGCGUGGCCACCAGGAGCAAGGUUCUCCUUCAAGGCCCCAAAGGCUGGGCUCCCUGCUGUCCAGGACCCGCUAGCUGGGGCCAGGAGCCAGGUAAGGAGACAUGGGUACCUGGGGGGACAGUCACACCCAGAAAUGGUGUCCUUUCCCAGGGGACAGACACCUGUGUACUGAGAGGGGUAGGAAGCCCCAGGACACAUGCACAUAUACAUGAAAGAGGGAAUAUACUGUCCCCAGAGACAGGUGCCCAGCACACUGCUGGAGUAUAAGUGCCCCAGGACAAGAACAUCCUCAGUGCCCAGGAGAUGUGGCAUUGGGCCUGGCAUUCAGUAGGUGCUCGAUGCAGAGCUGCUAAAUCAAUUCCAUGAAGGCCACAGCACACGUGAUGGUGGGGGCCUCGUGACUGGGCACACCACAGUCUAGUGGCCAAGCUGGACUCAGAUCCAAGGAGGUUGGCCGUGACCUCUGCCUUGUGUGAUCAGGCCCAAACAGACAGCGGCCCAGCAGCAUUCCUCUCAUGGAAUCUUGAAUUAUUGAGCUGUAUCAGUCAGAAGGGGAAAGUCAUACACAGGAUGUGAGGUUGCCAGGGGCCCCUAAGAUGUGGGUGCAGAGAAGGGAAUUGAAAGGCAGAGACAAGAAAGGUGGAGGAGGCGUGCAUCUCUGAGAGGAGAGACAACUAGGAUUCUAGCUCCCAAAGUCAGAUGCCCUUGAAGCCACCUGCUAAUACCUCACCAUCCGCCUGACUGCCCAAGGCUGUGGGAUUACAAGGCUCCUCCCUCCCCACCCAGGAGGUGAAUCAUCGCUACAGCACCUCUUCAACCACGAUGCUCCCAGCAGACAGGCCAGUGAGAGGGCACACAGCAGGUUCUGGUCUAAAAUAAACUCUUUUAAUUGCA